GGCUAGGGUCCUUCAUCUCAGACAACAACUUACACUCUAUGGUCGCAUCACCUGAAGCUACUGUUUAUAUUUCUGUUCAUGAAAUCUUUCUCGAAAGAGAGAGAAGAUGAUUAAGGCUAUCUUGAUUUUCAACAACCAUGGAAAACCACGCCUCAUCCGAUUUUAUCAAUACUUCGCUGAAGAUAUGCAACAACAAAUCAUCAGAGAGACUUUUCAUCUGGUGUCUAAGAGGGAUGACAAUGUCUGCAAUUUCUUAGAGGGUGGAAGUUUAAUAGGAGGUUCGGACUACAAGCUGAUUUACAGGCAUUACGCCACUCUUUACUUCGUGUUCUGUGUGGACUCCUCCGAAAGCGAGUUGGGAAUUUUAGAUCUAAUUCAGGUCUUUGUGGAAACCCUGGAUAAAUGCUUUGAGAAUGUCUGUGAACUGGAUCUCAUCUUUCACAUGGACAAGGUCCAUUGCAUCCUACAGGAGGUUGUGAUGGGAGGGAUGGUGCUGGAAACCAACAUGAAUGAGAUUGUGGCCCAGGUGGAGAUGCAGAACAGAAUGGAGAAGUCUGAGGGUGGAUUGUCGGCGGCCCCUGCCCGUGCUGUGUCAGCGGUUAAAAAUAUGAACCUUCCAGAAAUGCCUCGCAACAUCAACAUUGGCGACAUCAACAUUAAAGUCCCUAGCCUCUCCCCAUUCUGAUCAAGAUGCCCGUUUGUAUUUUAAUUUAUGUUACAAUGAAUGUUGAUAAGACAUUGUGAGUGUUUUCCUCUGUAAUGUGUCAAAGGUGAGACUGAGGUAUGGAUUCUUCUUACAUUCGAUCUGUGCGAUACUGUACCAAAUGUUUCCCAUAGGUUUCAUCACUGUUCCAGUUGUGGUCCUUUUCAGUAGGUCAUGCUAAAGCUUGCAAUGUCACAUAUAUUUAUUUAUUGCUUUGUAUAGGGAUACCCUAAGCAUUUCAAACAUUCCAAAACAGAGGAUAAUGGUAAAGGAUUAAGGAAAGGUUGAGGGAAACCUAAAUAUAAUGUGUAGUUUUGAGUCAUUUGAGAACCCACAACAGCUGAAGUUCUUCUUGUAUGCUUUGUAGAUGGCACAUGUCCUCUCAUUAAAACAUAUUUAUCAAAUGUG